AUGCGAGUUACCAUUCGCAACUACCAGCCCGUGGGUUACUGGGUCUGGGACGUCAAGGAUCCAGACGACGUGUGCGGCAUUUGCCAAAACGCCUUUGACGGAGUGUGCGGCGGGAGCUGCAAAGAGCCGGGAGAUGCUUGUCCGCUGCUAUUUGGAACGUGCACGCACGUAUUUCACAUGCAUUGCAUUCUCAAGUGGCUCGAGCCGAUGAGGGAGAGGGGCGAGGAAGGUGCAUGUCCGAUGUGCAAGAGGCCUUGGGGUGAGUGCUGGGGUUACAAAGAGCAUGCAGUGCAGGACUGCACGAGGAUGGAAGAGGUGGACCAUUUCGCAUACCAUUUCUUCGCAUACAAUCGCAAAGACUUUGCUGCUCUCGGACGCUGA